AUGGUUAUUUUCGUAGGAUUAUUCUUAAUGACUUUAUUUUUGUCAAUCAGUCUUGUACCAAUCCUCGUACACGGUAGCGUGACUGAUCUUAAUCAAUCAGUAAUUCUAAAUUAUAAUUCAUCGAAUACAUGCUUAAAAAUUAACACAAGCUGUAGUACACAAGAUGGAUUACUUAUACCUCUGUGGCGCCCUCAAGAAGGCAUAUCCACUGGCGAUCGAAUUGCACGCGCAAUUGUCUAUCUAUUAGCACUUAUUUAUUUAUUCAUCGGUGUCGCUAUUAUAUCCGAUCGUUUUAUGGCAUCAAUUGAAGUCAUAACAUCGCAAAAACGUGAAAUUCGAAAGAAGAAUCCUGAUGGAACUAUCUCCAUAACAACAGUCGCUAUAUGGAAUGAAACAGUAUCGAAUUUAACACUAAUGGCAUUAGGCUCAUCCGCUCCGGAAAUCCUUCUCUCCAUAAUUGAAGUUGUUGGUAAAAAUUUCGAAAGCGGAGAUCUUGGACCGGGCACUAUUGUUGGUUCAGCCGCGUUUAAUUUAUUUGUUAUUAUUGCUAUAUGUAUUUUGUCAAUCCCAUCCGGUGAAGUACGUCGCAUACGUCAUCAGCGCGUCUUUUUCGUUACAACAGCUUGGUCAAUAUUUGCUUAUAUCUGGCUAUGGGCUAUCGUUGCCAAAAUUUCUCCAGGUCAUAUUGAAGUGUGGGAGGGCACACUGACAUUUCUAUUUUUCCCUUUGACGGUCUUCUCCGCGUAUAUUGUUGAUACCAAAGUGGGUCAAUUCAUACGUAUUCGUAUUACAUCUCAAAAGCAAGUUCUACAAGUCGAUAAUCAAGCCACAUCGGCAAUACCGAUAACAGUCGAUGAUUCGGAACAGAAAAGUAUGAUCGAUGGUUUCAAUCGACAAUCAGCAGCGCCGAGCACAAACGAUUUAUAUCCAAAAAAGGCUAGCAGCAUCAUUACAGGCUCAAUCAUGGAACAAUUAGCCGGCUCAACAGCAGGAGGCUUAGAUGAAAAUGCUCUAUCUGAUCAUGUUGAAUCACAACAACGUCAAGAAUUCAUCGAGAUAUGGCGCGAAUUACGUAAGCAGUACCCCAAUCAUGAUAUGCAGACCUUGAAUGAAAUGGCAGCAGUUGAAAUGAUGAAUCGUGUGCCCAAAUCUCGAGCCUACUAUCGCAUUCAAGCAACAAAACGCCUCGGUGGUGGUGGUGGAAAUAUCAGAAAGAAACUAUUAGAAAAGCUCCAUGAACCAGAUAAACUCAACCCGAGUGAAAAACAACAACUAAUUGCCGACACAAAUUCGCACAUCAGUAAGAUACGUUUUGAGCCAAGUCAUUACACAGUCCUUGAAAAUGCUGGUUACGUUACAUUACACGUUGUUCGUGUCGACGGAAACUUGCGGAAUACGGUUUAUGUGGAUUACAUGACCGAAGAUGGAACAGCAACUCAUGGAGCUGAUUAUGAACCAGCAGAGGGUACAUUGAUAUUCUAUCCAAUGGAAACAAAUAAACAAAUUCAAGUGAAAAUUAUCGAUGAUGAAAUAUUCGAAGAAGGUACAGAGAUUAAUUGUUCUUUAGGAAAUCUGAAAGGUUUAUUGCAAUUCUCGUUUCUAGAUGAACAUUUUUCGGUGAAACUAAGUAAUUUGAAGAUUAAAGACAAUCAAGGACGUUUAACUCCCGGCGCCUUCGAUAAAACCGUACAGUUAGACGAGCCAUCUACAGCAGUUGUAAUGAUUAUCGACGAUGAUCAUUCCGGUUUAUUCGUUUUUGAUAAUGACGAAAAAACUGUUGUAGAAUCGGAUCGUUUUGCUGAAUUGAAAGUUCUCCGAACGUCAGGCGCCCGUGGUCGUGUACGAGUCCCGUUCACCACGGAAGACGAAACAGCUUUGAACGAACGCGAUUAUAUAUCAAAAACGGGCGAAAUCAUCUUUGAAAACGAAGAGAACGAGAAAAUAAUCUCGAUUGAAAUCACUGAUCGCGAUCAAUAUCAACGCAAUGAAACGUUUCUGAUUCGAUUAGGUGAACCAACAUUGAUUAGAGACGACGAGAACAGCGAUGAUUCGCCUAUGACAGAUCAUGAUAAACUAAUUGCGGAAUUAGGAAAACCACGAUUAGGCGAAAGAAGUGUUAUUCGCGUUCGCAUCCGCGAAAGCAAAGAAUUCAAGAACGCAGUUGACAAAGCUUUAUACAAAGCGAAUACGGCCAUACUCGUGGGUACGUCGACAUGGUUAGAACAAUUUAAACAAGCCUUCAGCGUCAAAGAAGAAGAUGAUGAUGAUGUUGUCGAGUCAGGCGAAAGCAAUAAUGAUGAUGAUCAACCGGCAACAUGUAAAGACUAUAUGUUACAUUUCAUAUCAUUUUUCUGGAAAUUUUUAUUUGCAUUCGUACCACCAACGAGUAUUGCUGGUGGUUGGCUAUGUUUUAUCGUCUCAAUUUUGAUCAUUGGCAUGUUGACAGCAGUCAUUGGAGAUCUCGCGACACAUUUCGGCUGCACUGUUGGCCUCACAGACACAAUGACUGCUAUAGCUUUUGUCGCUCUAGGAACGUCGUUACCAGACACAUUCGCCUCGAAAGUCGCAGCAGAGCAUGACAAGUACGCGGAUAGCUCCGUGGGAAAUGUCAACGGUUCGAAUGCUGUAAAUGUUUUUCUUGGCAUCGGUUUACCAUGGGCGAUGUCAGCAUGGUACCAUUACUUCAAAGAUACGAAGUUCAAAGUGCAAAAAGGCUCCCUGUCAUUCAGUGUGACCUUGUUUUGUUCAUUCGCAGCUGUCGCGGUUAUUAUUCUAUUAAUAAAACGCUUGAAAGUUUUCGGUGGCGGAGAAUUAGGUGGUCCGUUGAAAUAUCGUCUUAUUUCAAGUUUCAUAUUUUUUCUGCUUUGGGUUGUUUAUUUAGUAUUAAGUGGACUCGAAAAUUACUGUCAUAUUAAUGUGUAA